UACCCCCCUGACCCCCCCAGCCGGGGCCAGGCCAGGCCAGCUCCUCUGGCAGCAGAGCUGGGGCAGGUGACAGGCAGCGGGUGUCGCAGCCGAGGGAGUGAGGAGGCGCCUGGGAACGGAGCUGGAAACCUGGGAGCCGUCCAGCCAGAGCCCAAGAGCCGGAGCUACCCCUCGACCGGUCAGCCAUGGGGGAGAUGGAGCAGCUGAGACAGGAAGCAGAGCAGCUCAAGAAGCAGAUCGCAGACGCCAGGAAAGCCUGUGCCGACAUUACCUUGGCAGAGCUGGUGUCUGGCCUAGAGGUGGUGGGACGAGUCCAGAUGCGGACCCGGCGGACACUAAGGGGGCAUCUGGCCAAGAUCUAUGCCAUGCACUGGGCCACUGAUUCCAAGCUGCUGGUAAGUGCCUCCCAGGACGGGAAGCUCAUCGUGUGGGACACCUACACCACCAACAAGGUGCACGCCAUCCCACUGCGCUCCUCCUGGGUCAUGACCUGUGCCUACGCCCCGUCAGGGAACUUUGUGGCGUGCGGGGGGCUGGACAACAUGUGUUCCAUCUAUAGCCUCAAAUCUCGUGAGGGCAACGUUAAGGUCAGCCGGGAGCUCUCUGCUCACACAGGUUAUCUCUCCUGCUGCCGCUUCCUGGACGACAACAACAUUGUGACCAGCUCUGGGGACACCACGUGUGCCUUGUGGGAUAUUGAGACGGGGCAGCAGAAGACUGUGUUUGUGGGGCACACGGGUGACUGCAUGAGCCUGGCUGUGUCUCCCGACUUCAAACUCUUCAUUUCGGGGGCCUGUGAUGCCAGCGCCAAGCUCUGGGACGUGCGGGAGGGGACCUGCCGUCAGACUUUCACUGGCCAUGAGUCGGACAUCAACGCCAUCUGUUUCUUCCCCAAUGGAGAGGCCAUCUGCACUGGCUCGGAUGACGCCUCCUGCCGCCUGUUUGACCUGCGGGCGGAUCAGGAGCUGACCGCCUACUCCCACGAGAGUAUCAUCUGCGGCAUCACAUCCGUGGCCUUCUCCCUCAGUGGCCGCCUGCUCUUCGCAGGCUAUGACGACUUCAACUGCAAUGUCUGGGACUCCAUGAAGUGUGAGCGUGUGGGCAUCCUCUCUGGCCAUGACAACAGGGUCAGCUGCCUGGGGGUCACGGCCGACGGGAUGGCUGUGGCCACUGGUUCCUGGGACAGCUUCCUCAAAAUCUGGAACUGAAGAGGCUGGAGGAGGGGGUGUGGAAGGCCAUGAAGACACCCAGCUGCCCCUCCCACAUCCAAUCUCAUUGAUUCUCUCUCCUCUAUCCCAGAUGCCACUGCUGCUUUCUCCUUUGAGGGCGGGGGGGAAUAUGGGGAGUGUGCCUUUGGGAGGUUGCAUCAGGGACACAGGGGCAAAGAACUGCCCCAUCACCUCCCACGGCCCCUCUCUCCAUAGUCCUCACAACCCCUCCCUUGCCCAGCAAAGAAAACAGACCCUCCCCAGCCUUCGCAAGCCCAGCAGGACCAGUGUAAGAGCCCAGGCCCUAGGAUUCCUCCCCAGAGCUGCUCCCUUUGCCCAGGUCUGGGUGGUGUAGGGCACUCAGCCCCGUCACUGUGACUCUGGCACCACGAGGCACCUGGGUCCCUUCUCCUUUUUCUGCCAUUUGCCCUCUCUCCUAAGGCACCUGCAAUAAAGUAUAGUCUGGUACA